CGCGGCGAGAUGGAAGAUAUAAAACCAAAUGUGGAACUGAAAAGCACUCAAGAGCAGUCUGUGCCCACAGAAGGUUCGGUGCUUUUGCAUGACUACGAUUUAACCAAACCUCAUGAAACAGAAAAUGUGGAUGGUACAGAAGGCCCAGCCAAUCAAGAUGAAGACAUAGGAGAUGAUUCAAUGAAAGUGAAAGAUGAAUACAGUGAAGGGGAUGAGAAUGUUUUAAAGCCAGAACCCUUGGGAAAUGCAGAAGAGCCUGAAGUUCCUUACAGCUAUUCAAGAGAAUAUAAUGAAUAUGAAAACAUUAAGUUGGAGAGACACGUUGUCUCAUACGAUAGCAGCAGGCCAACCAGUGGCAAGAUGAACUGCGAUGUGUGUGGAUUAUCCUGCAUUAGCUUCAAUGUCUUAAUGGUUCAUAAGCGGAGCCAUACUGGUGAACGCCCAUUCCAGUGUAAUCAGUGUGGGGCAUCUUUUACUCAGAAAGGUAACCUCCUCCGCCACAUUAAACUGCACACAGGGGAAAAGCCUUUUAAGUGUCACCUCUGCAACUAUGCAUGCCAGAGAAGAGAUGCACUCACAGGUCAUCUUAGGACACAUUCUGUUGAGAAACCCUAUAAAUGUGAGUUUUGCGGCAGGAGUUACAAGCAGAGAAGUUCCCUUGAGGAGCACAAGGAGCGCUGCCGUACAUUUCUUCAGAGCACUGACCUGGCUGAGACUGCAAGUGCGGAGGCAAGACACAUCAAAGCAGAGAUGGGAAGUGAAAGAGCUCUCGUUCUGGACAGAUUAGCAAGCAAUGUGGCAAAGCGAAAAAGCUCAAUGCCUCAGAAAUUCAUUGGUGAGAAGCGCCACUGCUUUGACGUCAGCUAUAAUCCCAGCUAUGUGUAUGAGAAAGAGAGUGAGAUAAUCCAGACCCGAAUGAUGGACCAGGCCAUCAAUAACGCCAUCAGCUAUCUUGGUGCCGAAGCCCUGCGCCCCUUGGUCCAGACACCGCCUGCUCCCACCUCAGAGAUGGUCCCAGUUAUCAGCAGCAUGUACCCCAUAGCCCUCACCCGUGCCGAGAUGCCGAAUGGUGCCCCCCAGGACCUGGAAAAGAAGAAUGUCCAGCUGCCAGAGAAGAGUCUGCCUUCUGAAAGAGGCCUCUCCCCCAACAACAGUGGCCACGACUCCACGGACACUGACAGCAACCAUGAGGAACGCCAGAAUCACAUCUACCAGCAAAAUCACAUGGUCCCUUCUCGGGCCCGCAAUGGGAUGCCGCUUCUGAAGGAGGUCCCCCGCUCUUAUGAACUCCUCAAGCCCCCACCCAUCUGCCCAAGAGACUCCAUCAAAGUGAUCAACAAAGAAGGGGAGGUGAUGGAUGUGUACCGGUGUGACCACUGUCGAGUCCUCUUCCUGGAUUACGUGAUGUUCACUAUUCACAUGGGUUGCCACGGCUUUCGUGACCCUUUUGAGUGUAACAUGUGUGGCUAUCGAAGCCACGAUCGCUAUGAGUUCUCAUCUCACAUAGCCAGAGGAGAACACAGAGCCAUGCUGAAGUGA